AUGUUCGCCCGAGUCGCUCGCGCCGCCACCCUCUCCGCCACCCGCCGCGCGCCGUCCGUGGCGCUGCGUGCGCUGCAGACCCGCGAGAAGUCGUCGCUGGCGUCGGUGCUCAAGCGCGAGCUCGACGAGGAGAAGGCCAACUGCUUCGAGGAGCCCGAGAUGGAGGAGCUGCGGCUCAAGGUGGAGUCGGUCUUCAAGCUGCAGGAGACGCCCGGCUGCAUGGACAUCGUGCUGAACGGCACCAUGGGCGACGACUCGAUCAAGAUCAAGUUCAACGCCCAGGACACCGUGGAGCUCGAGGACGACGAGGAGUACGGUGACGACUACGACGAGGAGGAGGAGCAGCAGGAGGUGGACGAGGAGGAGGACGAGGAGGAGGAGGACGAGCUCCCCGGCGUCCGCUUCACGGCCGACAUCACGCGCGACAACCAGGGCCUGCAAUUUGACUGCGUGGCCAGCAGCAACGUGACGGUGGAGCGCGUGCGCUACCUGGCCGACUUCGCCAAGGAGGCCGAGGACGAGACGCUGUACUUCGGCCCCAACUUCAUCGACCUGGAGCUCGACGUGCAGGACCACUUCUACCGCUACCUGGCGGACCGCAAGAUCGACGACGAGCUGGCCCAGUUCAUCACGCAGUUCGCCGACCUCAAGGAGCAGCGCGAGUACACGGCCUUCCUCGAGGACGCCGAGACCUUCGUCAAGCACUAAGCCUACCGUUCGGACCAACCCACUCGCUAUGCAUAGUCUGCUUGAGGCCUAGGACUCGACCCCGCACAAAAUAAACAGUUGUUAGAGCC